UAUCGGCCUUAGGGGUGAACGGAGGUCCGGGGAACAUGACUCCUCUCCUGGAGCACGAGAGCCAGAUCUUCCUGGAUUUAUUUCAUGAAGAUGGGUUGGUCAUCAUGGCCAAGGGCAUGGGGGUGGACAGGAUUCUCUUCAACUUCCUCAAGUUAUACAGUGACCCCGGGAACCUGGUCCUGGUGCUCAACACCGGUGUUGCCGAGGAGCAAUAUUUUAUUGAACAGCUGCGUUCUGAAGGAGUAACCCACCUUCCUCGCAUUAUUACCAAUGAAGUUCUGAGUAAUGAUCGUUACACAGUGUACACUGAAGGUGGGAUCUUGUUUGUGACCAGCCGGAUUCUUGUUGUUGACCUCUUAACAGACCGCAUUCCUGCAAGUCUUAUUACAGGUAUUUUGGUGUACAAAGCUCACCGAAUCAUCGAAUCAUGUCAGGAGGCAUUUAUUCUUCGGCUUUAUCGACAGAAGAACAAAAAAGGUUUUAUAAAGGCUUUCACAGACAAUGCAGCGGCCUUUAGUCUCGGUUUCUGUCGCGUGGAGCGAGUGAUGCGAAACUUGUUUGUUCGAAAGCUGUACCUCUGGCCCAGAUUCCAUAUCACGGUCGGCUCCUGCCUGGACAGGCACAAACCUGAAGUAAUAGAGUUACACGUAUCUCUGACACCCUCCAUGCUGGCUAUCCAGACUGCUAUAAUGGAUGUAAUGAAUGCGUGCUUGAAGGAACUUAAACGCUACAACCCAUCUUUGGAUGUUGAGGAGCUGUCUCUUGAGAAUGCUAUUGGAAAGUCAUUUGACAAGGCAAUCUGUUACUAUUUGGACCCAAUCUGGCACCAACUUGGGGCAAAAACCAAGUCUCUGGUACAAGAUUUGAAGGUUCUUCGCACUCUGUUAGAAUAUUUAACCCAGUAUGACUGUGUUACCUUUCUCAAUCUGCUCGAGUCUCUUCGGGCUACUGAAAAAGCUUUUGGGCAGAAUUCAGGGUGGUUAUUUCUGGAUGCCAGUAACACAAUGUUUGUGAAUGCUCGAGCCAGAGUGUACAAGCGUCCCGACUCAAAGCUUAACACCUCAGCAAAUGUGAUAAAGACUGAACCAAAAGAAACAGACAAGACAGAACAAAAGGAACUCAUCCUGGAGAUGAACCCAAAGUGGGAAGCAUUGAGUGAAGUCCUAGCGGAGAUCAAAAGGGAAAAUGAGCCCAGCGAAACAUUGACAGCCUCAGGUCAUGUGCUGAUCUGUGCCAGUGAUGAUAGAACCUGUGCCCAGCUGAAGGAAUAUAUUUCUGUUGGAGCAGAAGACUUGUUAAUGAGACUGUAUAAUAAAACCUUUGGGAAGAGCGAGAAGGCAGAGGAUGCUGGGGAAACCUGCAUAAAGGACAAGAAGCCCGGCAAAACCAAGGCGAAAUCGAAACCUGGCAAUGGGCCGAAACUGAAGAAAGCAAAAGCAGAGACUGCUAAAAACAGGAGGAAACCAGAGUUGACAUUAACUCAAAUGGUAGGAAGAGAAAAUGAUGAAGGUUCUCAUAAAGUAAAGGAAGGAGAGGAGGAAGAGGAGAUUGAAGAAAGUGCUGGCCCAGAAGCCAACAUCGAGGAAGCUCAAUCGAAGGGUGUGAUUAUGAAACUUCCGACAGAUGCCUGCUAUGGAAUCCUGAACGAGCCACUCAUUGUCAUCCAUCCCUUACAGGGCUGCAGUGAUCCCUACAGCCUGUCCCGUGUACUGCAUGAAAUCGAGCCCCGUUAUGUUAUACUGUAUGAUGCAGAACUGUCAUUUGUUCGCCAGCUUGAGAUUUACAGAGCAAGCAAGCCCGGCAAGCCUCUCCGGGUUUAUUUCCUAAUAUACGGAGGAUCUACAGAAGAGCAACGUUACCUGACCAAGCUGAGGAAAGAGAAAACGGCUUUUGAGAUUUUGAUAAGGGAGAAGGCAAUGAUGGUUAUCCCUGAGGAGAGAGAAGGAAGAGAUGAUUUAAAUCCAGACCUUACACGAAGUGUUGCCCCAGCAACUGCUAUUGCAGACACAAGGAAAGCAGCAGUGAUCCCUCGUUGUAGAAUCUCAAGAGGAGAAUCCACAAGCAAAAUCAUCCUUUCCACAUGCACCCUCAGGAUCUUACCUGUUUCAAUUAGGUCAUCUCUGACCCGUCUAAAUUUCAGCAGAUGCAAGCUUAUCCUGUCCAUCGGACAAGUGUGUGAAUUAGCUGCAGAAGUAGGAUUUCGUACAGUACUGCCAGUAUCAAACACUAAUGCCAGUUUGAUAAGAAACCGGGGGAAUGUUGCACUCUCUCUCCAGCUAGCCUGCCCCAUCAAGGCAAAGGAGCAAAAUUGAUUGAUAAAACAAAUGAAAAGCAAAUUUUGAAGGAAAUAUGCAGAAGUAAAUGUCAGGAGAUAGAUGGGCGAUAAUUAAUUUGAAGAUGAAUUCUCUUGCUUGGUUUGACUUAAUGCAGGUGGUCAGACUCAGAAACAUGAACAGCAGCGAAUCAUAGUGGAUAUGCGGGAGUUUCGCAGUGAGCUGCCUUCCCUGAUACAUCGGCGUGGCAUUGACAUCGAGCCAGUCACCCUGGAGGUUGGUGACUACAUUCUGACUCCCGAUAUCUGUGUUGAACGCAAGAGUGUGAGCGACUUGAUUGGCUCUUUGAACAAAGGCCGGCUGUACACUCAGUGCAUCACCAUGUCCCGGUAUUACAAGAGGCCUGUGCUUCUGAUCGAGUUUGACCCCAACAAGCCUUUUUCACUGAACUUCAGAGGGUCCGCACACCAGGACAUUUCCAUUAAUGACCUUACAUCCAAGCUCACCUUACUGACUCUUCACUUCCCCAGGCUGCGGCUUCUGUGGUGUCCCUCCCCACACGUCGCUGCUGAAUUGUUCGAGGAGCUGAAGCAGAACCGUCCUGAGCCGGAUGCGGCCGCUGCUGUGGCGGUCAGCGGCGAUUCCGAAAUGGUUUCCGAGUCGGACAGGUACAACCCCGGCCCACAGGACUUCCUGCUGAAAAUGCCUGGAGUCAAUACAAAAAACUGUCGGGCCCUGAUGAACCAUGUGAGGAGCAUUGCUGAACUAGUGACACUGUCUCAGGAACGACUAGCAGAGAUCCUGGGAAAUGCCAACAAUGCCAAACAGCUCUGGGAGUUUAUUCAUUCCUCCUAUUUGGAUUGUACAGUGCAGGGAAAAUAUCGAAGGUGAUAUUCAGAGUGGACAGGGUUUAAUAGACACUUUAUCCUCAGAGUGUCUGUGCUUACCAGUUGCUGUUAACUGGAAAGAUCAGAGUAGACAUUUUAGGGAGAUGUUGAACUUUAAUUAUGCAAACUUUAAUAUAAUUUAAAAAAUAGCAGAAUAUAUUACAGAAUGCCCAUUAGAGGUUUAUGAUCCAUCUGUAAACAUAAAGCAGGAGCUCUCUUUGUCUGUUUACAAUAUUCUUAGUCAGAGGGAACUCCAGAUUCAGUGUUGAGUAACUGAUGAAGUUUGACUGCAAAUGCUACCAGAUAUUGUAAAAUGUUUUUGAUUCACUAGAGAAAGAUACAGAAAUGCUUGAAAGGGAACCAGUCCUGGAAGGUGGAACUUAAAUAUUGCUGAAGAAGUUCUGCUUUCACCUUGCUGUUUUCGUUUGAAAGUCAGCUCUCUAAAGGCUGUCGAUAAGUGCUGAUGCAGUUUAUAAACCAGUCCAGUCUGGUUUUUCAGUAGCUGAAUAUGAUCAACCAAGGUGUUUUUUUCAUCAUGGACCUCUAUGUGUUAAUGAGUUGCAGUUUUCUGAGGCUUUGCUAGACUUCUGUUUAUUUGCAUUUUACCCGUAAGGAGUCUUGGCUUCAGAAAGCUGUUUUACCAAUUGAAUCCAACUCUGCCUGUGGUUUUCCUUCUGCCUUUGAAGCCAUUAGCAAAUUUUAUAAAGGGCAAACAAAGGUAAUGGGAAUCUUCCUGAGGUUUAAAACCAUGAAAUAUCUCUGAUAUUUCUUUUUAAUUGUAUGAUUUCUGCAUUGUUUGGCUUCUAGGUUGCUGUCAGGGGAUGGAGCCCUGAGUGUAAUUGUUCAAGCCAUGUCAGAUGCAGCUCAGUACGUUUGCCUCUGAGUCAGAAAGUUGUGGGUUUGAGUCCUAUUCCAGAAACUUAGCAUAAAGAUCAAAGCUGACACCGCAGCUCCGUACUGAAGGAGUGCAGCCCUGACAAAGGUGCUAUCUUUCAAAUGAGACAUUAAACUGAAACAUGCCUGCCCUCAGACUAAUAUUAAAAAAAAAUCCCAUAACACAAUUUAAAGGAAAGCAGGUGUGUUAUCCUCCACCUGCUGGCCAAUGUUUAUCACUCAGCCAACGUCACAAAAACCAGUCAUCAAACAUUAUCAUCCCGUUGUUAUGCUGUGCGUGAAUUGAUUAUUGCAGUUCCAACGGUCCAACAUUUGACACUUCAAAAGUACUCCAUUGAUUGUGAAGCUAUUCCGAUGCCUUCUGAUCACGAAAGGCAUUAUAUCAGUGUCUUAUCUCAGUGUCUGCUUGAUAUCGUGAAAGUUUUUUAGAAAAAAAUUCUGCUGAGAUAUUUGGCAAUCAGCUUUUAUGACAUAAAUAUUCUGACAUUUCUACAGCCUCUUACAAAUGAGGCCUUAAAAGUAAUAUUUACUUUAAUCUGCUACCUCUUACACUCAAAGUUGUUUCUGAUGUAUAAAUUGGACCUUUGUAAUGUCAUGGGGUAUAAAAAUUAUAAAUAAAAGUUGGAGCACAUUUGUGGCUUCUGAAGUCUUUUGGAAUUACUUGGUUUAUGAGUUGAGACAUGGUCUCAGCUCAUUGUAACACUCCUGGGAAAACAUUCCAUUUUGAAAUGUUAAAGCAGAUUAGAUUUUCUUAAAAAUAUUUAAUGCCAAGUUCAGUUUGUAACAGAACCGAUAACGUCAAGCCUUUUCAGGAAUGCUUUUUCUUAAAAAAAAAAGAGUAAGUAAAAAUGAAUGUGGACUUUAAUCUACCUUUAGGAAACUAUUUCAUGGAGUGGGGGAGCGGGUUGUAUUCAAAUAUUUUGAUAGUGUGUAUCAAUUCGGACAUUUCUGACUGAAAAUAAAAAUGUUU